GGCGUGACACAACGUCAUGCACUGAACUGAGAGCCUAUAUGAGCCGCGGGCCGCAGCUCUGCAGCACACACCGCAGCAACCAGUAGCACACUUCACAGCAUCACCCCGCCGCCAUGAGAGUGUCUGUUGCCCUGAUGUUUAUGGGAGCGGUGCUGCUAGCCAACCUGCUCACCGUCAACGCAGUCCCGAGUCUCUACAGGAAUCUGAACCGUCGUAGCGCAGACAGUAGCAGUGGUAGUGAUGGCACUACUUCGGAGGAGUCUCCAGUAGCGAAAAGGAGCCUGAACUUUCUUGCUGCCAGUAACGGUGAAGGUGACAGCACCUCAGAGGAGGCUAGAGUGGUGAAGCGGAGCCUGAACUUUCUUGCUGCCAGUAACAGUGGAGGUGACAGCACCUCAGAGGAGGUUGGAGUGGUGAAGCGGAGCCUGAACUUUCUUGCUGCCAGUAACAGUGGAGGUGACACCUCAGAGGAGGCUAGAGUGGUGAAGCGGAGCCUGAACUUUCUUGCUGCCAGUAACAGUGGAGGUGACAGCACCUCAGAGGAGGUUGGAGUGGUGAAGCGGAGCCUGAACUUUCUUGCUGCCAGUAACAGUGGAGGUGACACCUCAGAGGAGGCUAGAGUGGUGAAGCGGAGCCUGAACUUUCUUGCUGACAGUAACAGUGGAGGUGACAGCACCUCAGAGGAGGUUGGAGUGGUGAAGCGGAGUCCGAGACUUUACGCCAGCAACUCAAACAGUGAUGGAACAAGUAACAGUUCUGGUGUCUAAUAGACAGCAAUGGUGAAACGGUAACAAGGAACCUGAUCUAUGAUACCGACGAACCCAAAAUCGGAAGUUUCUCGCUGCGAUUGUGAAGCGGAAUAUGAAAGCAAAACCACAUCUCCCCCUCUCCUCAACACUCCCUUCGUCAAGAUGAGGUGCCCCCAACCACCUCUGCUCUCUCUCUCUCUCCCUCUUUCUCUCUCUCUCUCUCUCUUAAGUCUGUAUCUAUCAUAAAAGGAGGAAAGGGGGCAUUCCAGCAAGCUAACUCACACCGCGGCGACAAUCCAUGGCACCACGACUCAAGAUUGAUCACCUGUUCUGUUCUGUACACCGACUCCUGGCUUCUCGAUUAAGUUUCCUUUACUUCUUGUAGUUGUUAAUCUCCUUCAUUUUGGAAAUUAUAUACUAUUAUUAUUCAUGCUAAUUAUCCUGAUGUAUUAGCUUUAUGAGGAUUGGAAGGUCAUCAUAUAGUUAAAAGCAAAAUUUUUUGUUAGUAGGCUUUUGUAGUUCUGAAAUUUGCACUACUCUUAAAUUCAAUAAAAAUUCAUUAAUC